AUGGAAAUAGCUGACCAUCUAGAGUUGCUUGGCGUUACUUUGUCAGCUGAUCUCAACUUUGGGCGUUUUAUUCACUCAAAGGCCCAGGUAGUUUCGGUAGAUGGUUGCAAAAUAAAACUUAACGAUGGAAACGAGAUUCCAAACUUUGCUUUUGGUACAUAUAGUCUGAAAACUCCUACACAAUCCAUUGGACGAGCGAUUGAAGCGGGCUAUCGACUUAUUGAUACAGCUGCCUUAUACGCAAAUGAAGAAGAAAUAGGAAAAGGUAUACGCGAUGUCAUUGAACGAGGGAUCGUUACACGUGCUGAAUUGUUUAUCAGUGGAAAAUUACCAAACUCUAACCAUAGUAAGGAGCAAGUCAUACCAGCACUUAAGUUGUCGUUAAGAAAGCUCGGAUUAGAAUACCUAGAUAUGUACUUGAUACAUACACCGAUGGCAACGACGGGUGAAGGUGAAAACAUUUGUCUGGACUAUGUCGAAACAUGGCGCGAAAUGGAAACCGCACAGAAGUUAGGAUUAGCCAGGUCCAUCGGUGUGUCCAAUUUCAAUAGCAAACAAAUAAAUAGGAUCCUAACGCUAUGUGACAUUCCACCGGCUGUCAACGAAAUUGAGGUUAAUCCCACGUAUCCGAACCUCGCUUUGGUUGCAUUCUGCAAGGUAAACAACAUUGCAGUGAUGGCGUAUUCACCCUUUGGGUACAUGGUCCCUCGUCGAAUUGAUUUAGAAGAUUUCAGUCCGCCAAGAUUUGAUGACCCCUACCUUGUGAAGUUGGCAAAUAAGUAUGGAAAGAAAACGUCGCAAAUCGCCAUGCGUUAUUUAAUCGACCGUAAUCUCAUACCCAUUCCUCGAUCAGAUAACCCGACCCAUAUACAAGAAAACAUCGACGUUUAUGACUUUAAACUAACGACGAAAGAGAUUUCGACCAUAAAUACUUACGAUAUUAACACAAAAGUUUAUGAAUUUGGUUUUUUAAGAAAUAAUGUAUUUUACAGCUUUUAUCAGUCUUAG